CGCAGAGAUACCGGCAUCUUUCUGAUAUCUGAAAUUUACACGCCUUUUUCAUGUACAAAAUACAAUUUUGCUAUCUCAUAUUACUGUCUUAUAAGAAGGCUGCAUAUAAUUUGUACUAGGAUACGUCUUUGUUUGUACUUAAUUUCGAUAAAGACAAUUCUGUGUUGCAUUUUAGUAUUGUCAAAAUUUACUCAUUGCUUUUUGUGGUGACAUCAUGUAAACUACCUUCAUGUGAUUCAAGAGUGCGAGAUCUGCUCUUUGAAGCAACAGCAAAUAAUUAGCAAACGUAAUAUUUCUGUUUGUAAACAGUUCAUUACCAAUGCAGCAGUGCUACCAUAUACCUGAAUUUGUCAGGGUGAAAGCCAAGUUUGUUGUCUCAAAAACCCCAACUGUUUAAAGGAUGUAUAAUAAGGUUUAAAACGUUUGACAUGUCUGAUUUUGUCUCUUAAUAUUCAUCAUACUUUCAGUUAUAACUGUUAGAACCACUUGCUCUUCCAGGGUUUAUGGAUAGAUGGAUUGAUGGAUGGAUCAAUUUAUUAAUCACAGAGAGAAAUUUGCAGAUUACAGCAGAAAUCCAAAAAGUGGACUGUGCAAGCAAGAGUAUUCAAAAUAAUAAACAUAUUUAGUAUAAAUUGUAAAAUAUAGUAUCAUAUAUAAAGUGAAUAUAGGCUUACAGUAUAUGCACAAGUUCUCUGAGCGAAUGUGAAAAUGGCAGUGCAAUACUGAAAUAUUAACCCCAGGGAAGAUGAAGGAUUACUGUAAAGUAUUGUGUGUUACAAUGCAAAACAGGACGUAUGGAAUAGCAAAAUAUCUGUGAUCAACCAAGCAUCCACUGCUGUAGAGUGCAGUAAUAUUAUCAGUAGUCUCAAUGAAGUAGCAGAAUGCACUUCAGUGCAAAAUGUAGCAUAUGAACAAUGACCUUAUUCUAGGAAUGGGCUCUAACACAUUGUAAUGUCCAGUGAAGAAUUGUUGUCCAGGGUAAUUGCUGAUGGUAAAAACGACCUUUUGUUCUAUUACUUGCUAUAGUGAAGGUAAAUGAAUCUUUUACUGAAGGUGCCCUGCUGUUUGACCAAUAGGGAGUGGCGAGGAUGUGAUACAUUGUCCAGGAUAGGUAAUAGUUUGGUUAGUGUCCUCCUUUCAACAACCACCUCAAAAUUGUCCAGGGAGCAUCACUGGACAGAGCCAGCCUUCAGUAUACUGAGCUUCCUUGCUUCCCCCGGCUCUAAUGCUGACCCCCAGCAUAUUGCCUCAAAGAAAAAAGCACUUGCAACAACAGACUGGUAAAAGAUCUCCAACAUUUUGCUGCAAGCAUUAAAGGACCGGAGCUUCUUUAUAAACUACAGUCUACUAAUCCCCUUACUGUACACAUCAUCAGUGUUACCCUUUCAGUUCAGCCUGUUGUCACGGUGAACACCAAGGUACUUGUAGGUGUCAACCAGCUCAACAUAGUAAAAGUUUUUUAUGUUCUUAAAGAGAUUUUACUUGGAAACCUUUCUAUCAGGGUAACAAUGAGUUGUUUGCCAUAGCACAUUUAUGGGUUUUGGCAGAGGAACAAACCAAAGAAUAUUACUAAUUUGAACUUUCCUAAACAUGUACGCAGCUUAAUGGUAUUUAGAAAUCUCUAUGCAUAAUGUGUUUCAGCAUUUUCAAAAUGGAAAAUACUGUUUUUGUUUGGAUACAUUUUUAUACAUUGUUCAGAAGGAUUUCCUGGUGCUUUUAUUAUACCUUUAUAUCUGGGGUAUGUUGUUUGGAAAUACAUUUUUCUCUUUUUUCACAAACACUACCAGCCAAUGACAUAAUUGUCAUGAAUUCACAAUUUUAUCUAUCUAUCUAUCUAUCUAUCUAUCUAUCUAUCUAUGGAUAUCUGGCUUCUAUUAUUAAGUGUAAUAUUUCUUUGGUACUCUGAGUGACGCUGUUGGUUAGGAUGUGUAGUUUUUUAAUGCUUGUUUUUAGAUCCUCCCCUGUAUUCUGAUUUCGUGCAGAGGGGAAAUGCUCUUCAGUUGGUUCUGUCUUUCGACAGAACAACCAUUAAUGAAGUAUUGCCUUUCAGUAAUACUGGGUCUUUAAGACGCAUUUAAUUUUUGUGACUCGUGUGUAGCUUACAGUGUUUAUAAGAUGGGUUUUCUUUGUUUCCUCGAUGCCCGGAUAAGAGGCUCUGCUGUCCGCGUUUCGACAUGGCUGACAAUGCUUCUGGUUGGAUUUGCUUUUGUCAUGGCCGUUGCGCACGGACAGGUCCGUUAUUCUAUUCCCGAGGAGAUGAACAAGGGAUCAGUGGUGGGGAAUAUCGUUCAGGAUCUUGGUUUGGAUGUAAAGAGACUGAAAUCUGGUCGAGCGCGGAUCUUUACGGAGGACAGUCGUGAGUACAUCGGUCUGAAUGUGGAUAAAGGCACUCUGCUAGUGAGAGAGAGGAUAGAUAGAGAGGAGCUGUGCGCUCAAGUGUCUCCAUGCUCUUUACAUUUUCAGAUCAUUCUAGAUAAUCCAAUGGAGUUACAUCGAGUUGAUGUUGAAAUAUUAGAUAUCAAUGAUCAUGCACCUGUUUUUGAAAGAAAAGAAAUCACUAUUGAAAUAACGGAAAAUGCUGCCCCUGGUUCACGAUUUUCUUUAGACAGUGCGCAUGAUCCUGAUGUUGGACUGAAUACACUGCAGAGAUACACCCUUAAUCCCACUGAUCAUUUCACUUUAAAAGAAUUAUCUCGUAGCGACGGUACCAAAUAUUUUGAGUUAUUUUUAAAAUUACCUUUAGACAGAGAGCAUCAGGAAGAGCAUCAUUUAAUUUUGACUGCAUUUGAUGGUGGCACUCCUCAGAAAUCUGGAACAGUUAAGAUAACUGUCACUGUUCUUGAUGCAAACGACAAUUCUCCUGUGUUCAGUCAGCCAAUAUACCGAGUGUCUUUGUCAGAAAAUUCUCCAAAGGAUACUGUAGUAGUGACAGUCAGUGCUACUGACAAAGACAAAGGAUCCAAUGGAGAGAUUACCUAUUCAUUCUCACAAAACUCAGGAAAAGAGGGCAAAGAAUUAUUUAAUAUUAGUUCAAACACUGGGGAAAUAAUAGUGAUAGAUAUCUUGGAUUUCGAAAAAUCCAAACACUAUGAACUGAAUGUAGAGGCGAUAGACGAAGGUGGACUAACUGAUACCAGUAAAGUGCUGAUUGAUAUUAUUGAUAUUAAUGAUAAUUCUCCUGUUAUCAGUGUUAUCUCAUUUUCUAACCCGAUUCCUGAAGAUUCCGCCACUGACUCUGUUGUAGCGAUGUUUAAUAUUAAGGACAUAGACUCUGGAAAAAACGGUCAGAUUAAAUGCACAGUGAAUUCAGAUCUGCCGUUUCGCAUCAAAGCCACAUCCAAUAAUUUCUACACUUUAGUCACCGACCGGAUUUUAGAUCGUGAAAAGUUUUCUGAAUACAAUAUAACGAUCACAGCUACAGAUGAAGGAUCUCCGUCUUUAUCUACUAAUAAAACCCUGAGGCUUAAAAUAUCUGAUGUGAACGACAACGCCCCUGUUUUCCAGCGUCACUCAUACACCGCUUAUGUGAUGGAAAAUAAUUCACCUGGAGUGUCUAUAUUUGCAGUGACAGCAACUGACAGAGACUCUGGCAAUAAUGCGCGCGUUUCUUAUUUUUUAGAAGAUCUUUCUGUGAACGGACUUUCUGCUUCGUCUUAUAUUUCAGUUAACGCAGAGAGCGGAGAGAUUGUUGCUAUUCGAUCUUUUGACUUCGAGCAAAGCAAAGAGUUCAAUAUUCGCGUAAAAGCGCAGGAUGGAGGCAACCCGCCUCUCAGUAGCAACGUGAGUGUGAAAAUCAGUAUUCAGGACCAGAAUGACAACGCGCCUCAGAUCCUGUAUCCAGUACAAACUGGUGGCUCUGUGGUGGCUGAAAUGGUGCCUCGUUCAGCAGAAGUGGGCUAUCUUGUGACUAAAGUGGUGGCUGUGGAUGUGGACUCUGGCCAGAAUGCCUGGCUCUCAUAUAAACUGCACAAAGCGACAGACAGGGCGCUGUUUGAAGUGGGCUUACAGAAUGGAGAAAUAAGAACUGUGCGCCAAGUCACUGAUAAAGAUGCUGUGAAACAGAAGCUCACUGUUGUAGUGGAGGACAACGGACAGCCCUCUCGUUCAGCUACAGUCAAUGUUAACGUGGCGGUGGCGGACACUUUCCCUGAAGUGCUCUCCGAGUUCACUGACUUUACGCACGACAAGGAAUACAACGACAACCUGACAUUUUAUCUCGUCCUGGCCUUAGCUGUAGUUUCUUUUCUCUUUAUCGUGUCUAUCAUAGCUAUACUGUCAGUCAAAUGCUACAGAUGGAGACGUGAGAGACUGUUUUACAAAUCCGGUGCCAAUCUGCCAGUGAUUCCGUAUUAUCCACCCCUUUACGCAGACGUAGGAGGGACAGGAACUUUACAGCAUAUGUACAAUUAUGAAGCUUACAGAACCACUGACUCUAGAAAGAGUGAUGUGAAAUACGCCAGACCUCCUACUGAGAGCAUCAUUAGUCUGGACACCAGUGGAACACAAACACUUAAGCAUGUACAGAGCAUGAAAGCUUGUGAAGUCUCUGAUCAGCAAAAACCCCCCAACGCUGACUGGCGUUUCAACCAGAACCAGAGACCUGGACCCAGUGGAGCCGCUGCCACUCCUGAGGUCGCCAUGGGAACCGGACCCUGGCCAAACCCCCCAACUGAGGCCGAGCAGCUCCAGGCACUAAUGGCCGCCGCAAAUGAAGUGAGUGAGGCCACUAACACACUGGGUCCUGGCACCAUGGGCCUGAGCACACGCUACAGUCCCCAGUUCACCCUGCAGCAUGUUCCCGACUACCGACAGAACGUCUACAUCCCGGGCAGCACUGCCACGCUCAGUGCCAACCCCCAGCAGCCCCAGCAGCCUCCUCAGGCACUGCCUGCUCCACAGGUCACCAGCGCCCAGGUCGAGCCGCCCAAAGCCCAGACGCCUGCUAGCAAGAAGAAGAUCACCAAGAAGGAGAAGAAAUAAAGAGAAAGAGGGUAUGCUGGGUAGGAUGAGGCUUUGCUUUUGGUGUCAGGUUUGAUAAAGUAGAGGGAGAGAGGUGUGAGGGUCAAGGGUCAGGGAUGGAUAUCUACUCUUGUUUCUUCACGCAUGGGUGAGCUUUUGUGCACUUGCUGUUUCAGAAGUAUGAAAUGGGAAUGAAUGAGAACUCAGUGUGCAGCUCCAGCUUUUUUUUUUUUUCUUCCAUGUUAUUUUCUUGAUUUUUCAUCCAUUUCAAUCCUACCACUGACUUCUAUGUAAUAUAAGCACCUGUGGCUGGAUUAGUGUAUGUACAAUAGUUUCACAUUGGGAUUAAGUUUUUUCUUUGAUUUCUUAUCAAUCUGAAUGUUUCUGAGGUUGGGACAGUGAAUUCAGACGCUGGUUGAUAUUUUUUAAUUUUUUAAAGGACAGACCUUUUUACAUUUAUCUAGUUAUUACAGUAUAUAACAAUAGAGGGAGAAGGGUAACCUGUGGCAAUUAUCAUAAUGACAAUAAUGUGCUUGGAUUUGUAUUAGAGACAUUUAAUUUCGAGCUGCAUUUGCUGGUCCUAUUGAGAAAGAUGUUACAGGUUUUGUAAAAUAUCUCAUGUUUUGAUUUUGUUGCUGUGCUUUGGUUACCACUAUUGGACUUUAUGAAAAUAUAACAGUGUAAGGGUUUUGAUUUGGGGGUCUGUGCUGGAAUAACACAGGUAAUCAUUUUUGCAUGAUGCAGAACAUCAUAUAAAAUGUUAAGUUUAGCUAUGCAUUGCAUGCCUGAUAAAAAAAAUCCCCAAAAGUGAGAGAUUUAAUUGGAUGCCUUCUUCAGUUUUUUCAGCUUGACUCCCACCAUGGAAUUUCUGCGUGCAUUGUGCUUUUCAGUGCACUCCUUUCACCUUCAGCUAAAUUUCCAGAGACAAAAUAUGAUUCAAAUGCUAUUAUAACAGAGAACAAUUGCUGCCCCAUAACUCACAAACCUUAAGUCCAUUACAGAGCAAACUUUUUAUGCAAAUUUUUCAGCUUGAAUGUGGAGAUAUUUUGUUCUGGCAGAGUAACGCAUGAAAAGAUGAGUAAGAAUCAGUGAGUAGAUGCUGUACAUAAUAAUCAAGUUCCAAAUAAAUAAUCAGCACUGACCAGUCACAGAUUUAUCGCUUGAGAAUGGGAAUAAUAUGUCCAUAAGUAGCUCUAAUCACCAAAAUGUGACUAUAUUCCUCCUCUUUUCAGUUUUUUUUUAAUUUCUCCACUCAUUACUCCACUCUCCAUCAUUUGGUGAAUAAUAACUUCACCUGUUGUAAAUAGGUAACAGUCAAUACAGAGAAGUCCAUAAAACACAAUCGACAAGAAUUUUUUUUUUUUUUUUUUUUUUUUUUUAAAUCUGAGCCUGAACCACAGGCUUACUACUGGAAUGUGUUGCAUAGUGUUGUUUUUUAGUAAAAUGGGAAAAAAAAUAAAAUAAACAAAUAUAAAUAAAUAAACAAACAAAUAUAUAAAUAAAGAAAAUGAUCAUGCAAAUUGUUGCUGUUGCGAAAGUAGACAUUUAGCACAAGAAGGCUGACUAACUCAACUGUAAAUAAAGAGAUUAACUUUUAAAAAGGUGAAACACAUGUAGUCUAGAAACCUGUGAUGUUUGUGCAUAUAUUUUUGUGUUUUCCUCUCCUUCUUUUCCUCUCUGAUCACCCUUAAAUGAAUAGACACAGAGUAAAUAAUAAAGCCCUUCCUAAUUGUCUGUCAAUUCGCUCUUCUUCUGGGAUUUCUAUUGUGCAUAUGUGCAAGAUCGCUUCUUAAUGUCUAUAUGAAGAAACAAAUAUAAAUAUUAUCUAUGUGUGUGUGUCUGCCAAUGGCGUAAUGCUCUGUACCCACUUUAACAUCAUCCUUAUAAAACACUAAUACUCUCACCUGCUCCUCAGUGUUACACUUAUUUUAUAUGCUAAUAUUUAUAUUGCUGUUUUAUUUCUUGAACACUGACAUUUCAAAUAAAAGAUUCUGAAAAUA